GGAGGGAAGACCUCUCUAGCUCUUUUAUCUUUCCCCAUAAUUUUAAUCGAGAAAGGGUUAAAUAAUACCAUGUCCUUUCAUUUCAAAUGCUCUCCCUCUCUCUGUGUAGGGGGCAGAGGAAAAUGUGUGUUUCAGUCAUAGUUCCUGUGCUCUGUUUUGAAUAACGUUUUGAAACGGAUCUUACUAUCUCAUGAUUUUAAGAUACAGCCUGUAUUACAAGCUACACGGACAUUUAGACUGGGAUUGAAAACUUAACCUCUGAAUUCUUUUGUUUGCCAACAAACACAGUUUGAAUCCGGCAAGACGGCGUAAUCCUGUGGCACCUUUGAGACUUAACAUAAGCUUUCGUGGGCAAAACCCACUUCUUCAGAUGACCUUGAGUGGAAAAAAAAAUAUUCCUGCAAAAUUUGACAUGGCAUUAAUCUCAAGAUUUGGCGUGUUCAAACUUUAAACAAAGGCAGAUCAUUAAAAAGCCCAUUGUCUUGUUUUAAACGGAUUUGAUCUAUUUCACCCAUUAGACAAAGCCUGUAUUUUGCGUUCACUAUCCGCGAGUUAGCAAAAUCGGAGCCGUUUGCUGUGGAUUCCGUCUUUAACUCUAACCCUCCUGAAAAUAUCGCACCGGUUAAAAAUAGGUGGAGUUUCCAAUCCCUAUUCACACGGAUAACAAAUAAAAGAGCAGGGGACGCAGACAAGAGAACGAUGAACUGGGAUCCAAAGCAGGAGUAGCAGGUUCCCUUCCCGACAAGGGGAUGUUGUUAAAAUGAGUAAAGAUCCUACGCUCUUUCCAUCUCACGUCUUCUUUUCGCCUUCCCUCUGCAAAAGCAGGCGGCUGUGGAGCGCGCCCGGGGCUCCUAGGGUGCGCCGAUCCGCACCAGGGCACCGCAGGAGUUUGGCUGCGACGGGUAGGACCCACUUUGCACGAAACCGAUGGGCUUUGUCCUUUCCCUGUGCGGCUCAACUGCAGGUUCAGAGCCGGACCUUGCUGCCUCCCCCUCCCGGGGCUUGACUUUAUGGCGCCGCUGGCGCUACAGCUGGGUGCGGGCUGCUUGUGAAUGACCCGCCAGCGCCGCUUUCCCAGGUCUACCACCUCAAUUCGCUGGAGGCGAACACACCAAUCCCAGCGGGACUAAGCCCGGCUCUGGCUCCCGGCUUGCCUGCCUGCCCCCCGGCAUUCUCCGCUGCUCCUAGUCCCUGGCUCAUCCCUACCUGCUAGCCUCACUCCGCUUCUGGGGCCCCCUCGCAACGCGGUAGGAUUGGACUGAAAGAUGGGGUGAGGGUUGCGAGGGUUUUCUCCACGCUUGUCACCUAAAUCACCGAGGCAAGGGAUGGGGUGGGCGAUCUGGGUUAACAACUGAUCGGUGAGGACCCCAUAACUGCGAAGACAUCUGUUGUUCUCACAGGCUAGAGAUGGCGUGGAAGGAACUUUCCCCAACGUGCCUAAAAGGCAGAAUAAGUCUAAUGGGCUUGACAACUGCCCGGUUUGGGUGUAAUACGGGAUAGUGAAUCAUAACACCGUAGGAAGAUUACUCCGGCUGGAACUGACUUGGGAGUUGCAGGACAUUUUCUGCGCCUUAGAAAGUGGCUUCGUUGGCAACCACAAAAACUAUAUGAAAUGUGUGUAUCUUAAAGUACAUAAUCUACGUUUAUUCAUGUAUCUGAUCAAGUUAUUUUUCUGCGUAUAGUUUACAUCCAUUCCUAGUUCAUCUUUCGUCCUGUCUGAUCCCCUCAGAUAGACAGAGGUACAAGGAUAUCUGAAGAAUAAGUCUCUGCCCCGAAGAGGCUUCAAAGUAAGGCUUCCAAAGGAAACGAAGAUCUGCUUUAUAAAGUGUCUUCUACCUUAACUUUUUGUGGCUUCCUAACAUAUAUAUCCUUAGAUUUAUAAACUUUAGCCUCUUUGCAAGUGGAAAUAUAUACACCGAAUGGCAUUAUUACUGCUAUUAACUUAUAGCAAGUUGGAACUUCGUUUCAAAACUUGUUCACAGUUGACUUUGGUAAUUUAGAGUCUAAUAAUUUCCUUGUUCCCAACAGCCCGGGACUAAUAAAUACUUAGUGUGUAAUCGGGACCAGAAUUCAAAAAAGGGGUCUACAUUGUACAUAUAAAACCUUUAAUAUUUAUAAAACUAUGCACUUUACCCUCACCCCCCAUCUUACUGAUAAAGAAACUCCUUGUGGCAGUUGAAACCUAUCAAGAACCCAAGUUUCCUCCCGAUGCCAGCCCAACAGUGAAUUAAUUUUGCCUCCAAUGUUUUACCCUAACGUAAGCAGCGUUCAGACUUUCGCACAAGUUUUGUUGCUAGGAGGAUUCAAAGACAGAAGUGCUGGGGGACUUUUUGGUGCUGCAGCGCCCCUGCUGUGAGAGUCUGUGACCUGGACGCUUUCUCUGGCGGGCCCUCCCUCCCGCUCUGGGUGUUUGCAGCGUCAAUCACAGCGGAAAUUUCUCUCUCUCUCUCUCUCUCUCUCUCUCUCUUUCUCUUUCUCUCUUGCUAAUAGCUUAGCUCGCAGGGCAGCCUCCGAGUGGAUCAGAGCAAUCUGUCAACCCAGCCGGGGAGCCACCUCAAAACAGAUCAGGUUACCCCUGAUUGACAGCGUCACUAUGGCAAAUAAUUUGACUAAAACUAUUGUCUUCUCCUGGCAGUCCCCGGGUCAGAUAACUGGACCAAUCAGAGCGCGGAUAAUCACUUUUCAUGCCAGCUUAGAAUAAUAUUAUUUAAAAAAAAAACAGAGAGAAGAGGAGGAGAGAAAGGAGAGAGAAGAGGGGGAGCAGGACUUAACCACUAUAUUAUGUUGAAUCCUAGAGUGGGGGGGGGGGGCGAGAAAAGGGCGAUCCCAGCGGAGGAGGGUGGGGGUGGGAGAGGAAAGACACCACCGCUGUGAGCGCUGCUGACACCAGACAAUAGAAGCACAAAAAAGUUACUCUCCGAACUUGGACUUACAAAAAAGUUUUCGCGUUCGGUCUCCGCCUUUGAUCCUUUUCACUCUCGGCUCCCGAUGGCUGCCGACUUGAGAGCUGAGUUGUGACUUGUGCCGGAGCGUAAGUAGCCGCUCGGUUGGGGUUACAUCCAUGAUUGGUGCUUCUCUCUUUCUGUGCCUUUCUAUGUGGCUGCUUUGCGCACGUCCGAUGAUUUAGAGCGGGGAGGGGGAACGGCCACCAUGUCGAUGCUCCCCACUUUUGGAUUCACCCAAGAGCAAGUGGCCUGCGUCUGCGAAGUGCUCCAGCAGGGGGGCAAUAUAGAAAGGCUGGGGCGGUUCCUCUGGUCCCUACCUGCCUGCGAGCACCUCCAUAAGAACGAGAGCGUCCUCAAGGCCAAGGCAGUGGUGGCUUUCCACCGGGGCAACUUCCGCGAACUCUACAAGAUCCUGGAGAGCCACCAGUUCUCCGCUCACAACCACCCCAAGCUCCAGCAGCUCUGGCUCAAGGCGCACUACAUCGAGGCGGAGAAGCUGCGGGGGCGACCCCUAGGGGCAGUGGGCAAGUACCGGGUCCGCAGAAAGUUCCCCCUGCCCCGCUCUAUCUGGGACGGCGAGGAGACCAGCUACUGCUUUAAGGAGAAGAGCCGGAGCGUGCUGCGGGAAUGGUACGCGCACAACCCCUACCCCUCCCCUCGGGAGAAGAGGGAGCUGGCCGAGGCUACCGGGCUCACCACCACUCAAGUCAGCAACUGGUUUAAAAACCGGAGGCAACGCGACCGUGCUGCUGAGGCCAAGGAAAGGUACGAGGAAAACAACGAGAAUUCCAACUCCAACAGCCACAAUCCGCUCUCAGCAUCAAUGAACGGGAAUAAGACAGUUUUGGGCAGCUCAGAAGACGAGAAGACGCCGUCAGGGACCCCUGAUCACACUUCCUCCAGCCCAGCUUUACUGCUCAACUCGAACCCAGGCCUACAGCCGCUCCAUGGCUUGGGUCACCCCCAAGGUCCUAGCGCCAUUCCAGUACCCAGUGCGGACCCUAUGCACCAUCAUAGUUUGCAGGACUCCAUUCUCAACCCCAUGUCCUCCAACUUGGUCGAUCUUGGCUCCUAAAACUAUUUACACGCUCCCCUCAUCACACCCCCUCGUUUUAUUUCUAAUCUCAUUUGAAACUUUUAAAGUGAUGACACAUUCAUUAGUGGAUCUGUUGCCCCUCUUUGGAUGGCUGGCUGGCUGUAGCUGUUGGAAGGUAAUGUACUAGACUGUCCGCAGUUCUGUUGUGACAAAGUCUUAAGGGUUGUGCAAAGCUGGUUUCAGACAUAUGGUCUGUUGGAUGGGACUUGUGAUUUAAGCAUAAUGCUAUUAUGGUUCUAUGUAGCAGCUAUUUUUUCCCACCCUUAACUUCACCAGCCUCUUGGAAUUGUAAUAGAGCAGGCUUGUCUGUGUAUGCUGACACAUUUUAUUGUGGCGGAGCGUAAGGUUGCUGUUUACAUGCCCCUUUGGAAAACACCCAUCGCUCCCGUUACCUUAUUGUAGUUAUAUAUCCAUGUCAGGUGUACAAUGUACAAUUGCUGCUAAGAACACAACUGGUUUAGUCAAGUUAUAGCAGCAACAGACGCCCUAGUCUAGGUAGACUCUGUAACCUGCUUGUAGCUGACGCUACGCAGAGAGCCAGCUUCUUUCGCUUGUCAGUGUUGUGCUUUCGCCAUUUCUUGGGUGGGAAAGAAACUAAUGGCCCGAUCCUCACCCAGCUGAAGUCAAUGUCAAAAUUCUCCCAUCGACUUCAAACGGGGGCAAAGAUGGGCCGGGCCCUAUAAAAAGUUGCUGCUCAUUUUUAGACCUAAACGACAGUAUCAACCGCGAGUCAGUCGACUUUAAUUUUGUUCAUUGUUUAUAUUAUGUGAAUACGUCCUUCGGAAAAUAUUUCUGCUUUUAUUUUAUAAUAAAAUUUAGAAAUCGAACCCCGUGUGCAGUACCUAAUUUGCAUCGUGGCUGCUUUUGUUUUGCCCCAACCUGUAAAACGCCGACUGGAGCCAAUCGCACAGUUUUAGUGCUGCAGUCUAGCUCACUGUACUCCGCCCAUCACGGCUCCUUCCAACCCCAACUCUGAGCCUGAGCCUGAGCCUGAGCCUGUUCUCAUAUUAGCCGAACUAGUAGAGGAACUUUGCUUUUUUUAGUGUUGGGGUUUGUGAUACGAUUAAACUAUUUGCCAUUGGACAAAUUUUCUUUAAUCAAAGAGAAAGGUGCCUCCCUGAAACAUUAAAAGCGGGGGAGUUUAAGGCGCAUCCCCAAUUCCCAUAGCUCUGAAAGGAAGACCAUAGUGUUGGGUCUCGGUGUGACACUGUUUUGACGAAAAAUCUGGAGGCUCAAAGCCUGAAAAAGCUGCGUAGUAAUUGUUAGUUGCAAUUCUGUGACUGGACCUUUCUUUGUAACCGGGGCGCAAUGUGUACGUCUUGUCUGAUUCCUGAUCCUUUCUCCAUGAGCAGAGAAGGGUCUGUGAAUAGCCCCCCCCCCCUUCUACGGGAGUUUAGCCGAGGAGCCAAAGUGAAGGAGUCGAUUUAAAUCUUGGGGUAGAGCAACAUCUGAUCGCUAUAGGGUAGCCGAGGCUCCUCGAUUCACUCUAAUACUCCAAGAGGGAGAUUUGGUGGGGAUUUCCUGCAGGGCAGUGUGUCCAGCGUGGAGGAAGCAGGGAGGCCACAACCGCUAGCAUCCUCUGCGCCUUCCUAUGGGCCUGCACAGGCACCACUCCCCACAGAUCCCGCCGCAGCUUUGCCUGUAUAAGGCGUCUGGGGCCGACCCGGCCCUUGGCCAGAAGCAUCCCACUCCGCUUGGUUCUGAAGUUGGCUCUGAAGUUGGCGUAUCAACAGACCUCGCACAACACACACACACACUAACACGCAUACCAUCACACACACACAUGCAUAUACACACUAA